UGCACAGGACUCCAACAGUAGGUCCUUUGCUCACUUGUGUGCAGGGGAUUUCAAGGACUUAACUGGGAGUAGCAAGUGCCUACAGUAGAUGUUGUUAGUGUCAUUCGUCUACUUAUGGACUACAGAGACACCAUGUGCGUAGCAUAAUCUGUGGUAGGAACCUGAAGGAAGACGAAGAUGUGAGCUUGUUCUGCUUUUGUGGAGAUAAUACAUUGAACCUCACGGAAGUUAUCCUCGAAGGAUACAGCCCUCACGCUUCACACAAAGCUGCUCCAUUGCAUGUGAGACAGAAGAGCUCUGUGCAACAGCUGCUUUGCCUUUUCUCACUUGGUAGCAGUUUGAUUUUUUUCUGACAAGGAAGAGAGAAAGUGUCUCUAAAGGAUCGGAUGCAUUUGUCAAUGGAUACCCUGGGAAUUGUGGACGAUAGUUGCCUAGACAACUAUGAUAUGGCAAAAGGUGCCGGUUCAAGCAGUGGAGGCAGGGUCCACAGUAUUGAUGUCAUACUAGGGUUCACUAAAGACCAGGACCCUUUACUCCAUUCGGUAGGAGAUGAUGACAGCCAUAAAGCCAAUGAAGAAAACCCACAGCACCAUGAAAAGCAGGUUCCAUCAGACCCCUAUGGGCACCUUCCAGAACUGGGUGACAGCUCCCAACACUCUUCCUACCAUGAAUCUGACCUUUUCUCCGGUGACAAGUGUGAUGGAGAAAUGAGUGACCUGCAGAAGGAUGUGGAGGUUGCUGAGGGGUCUCCAGACACCAUGAUAGAGGAAGAGCACACUAAAAAGAAACAUAGAAGAAACCGUACCACCUUCACCACCUAUCAGCUUCAUGAGCUGGAGCGAGCCUUCGAGAAGUCCCAUUACCCAGACGUCUACAGCCGUGAAGAGUUGGCAAUGAAAGUCAACUUGCCUGAGGUUCGAGUUCAGGUGUGGUUCCAGAACCGAAGAGCCAAGUGGAGACGACAAGAAAAGAUGGACACUAGCACCAUGAAGCUCCACGAUUCGCCCAUGUUAUCCUUCAGCCGCCCCCCAAUGCCUCUCAAUGCCAGUCCAGUGGCUAACCCGAUGCCCCUAGAUCCCUGGCUGACCUCACCCAUCUCCAGUGCCACGUCUAUGCAUACCAUCCCUGGGUUCAUGGGCUCACCGCAGGGCCUGCAGUCUGCAUAUCCAAGCCACAGCUUCCUCAACACCCCGCCUGCCAUGGUCCAAGGUAUGCAGCCCAUGGGCCCACCUCCCUACCAGUGCACUCCCAGCUUCAAUGAUAAAUACCCGAUGGAGGACGACAGGAGUUCCAGCAUUGCAGCACUCAGGAUGAAGGCCAAAGAGCACAUUCAGUCGAUGGAUAAAACCUGGCAGCACAUGUGAUCUGGUGGGGCACUGUGAACGGAUUUUUGAGCUGCUCCCAUGAUUGUUUACAAACUGCUUUUCCACUGUUUGUUUCAUGUACCAAUGAAGAGGAUACAUGACACCAAAGGAGUUUGAAGUCUGCUAUCUUUUUGACUGAUGCUAAUAAGCAACUCUCAAAAUUAACUUCUCGUGAUUUUUUUGAAAUUCAUUAAAAUUCAAUUCAUUUUGAAUGAACCGUGUUUUACCCCUAAGGAUAAAUGAUCAAAUCUCUGGGGUCAUUUAAUUUUGGAUUAGCUCAAAUUGUUGGGGAAUAGACUAUUUUGUUUGAGUGAGAGCAAAUCUUCAACAUGAAUGUUUUGACACUUUAUAUAGAGGAAUUUGAGACAUUAUUGACAAUCUGAAAUGCGGUAUAGUGUAUGAGAGGCUUUGUAGAGCCAUGUGGUCAGAAGUAGCAAUGUUUUUGCAAUUUGAGUGAUUACUUGGUGACAAAUUUCAACAAAUUUAUACAAGUUUACUGUCUUAAUUGAGUGGUGUUCUGACCUUUUUGGUGGAAAUAUACACAAUACUUACCCUAACUCUGUCUACAGUCUCCAGGGUAUAAGGUUUCCUGCUCCCAUGAAGUGUUAACACGAGGUUUACAGUAAUAACCACUGCACUGCAUUUUGAGGGUGUUUGCUGGUAUCUAGUCGUUGAGAACUAGGCAGUUUUAGUAUGAAUAUGGUUUCUCUCUUUGCAUGUCUAUUUGGUUGGAUUUUCUCUUUGUUCAUUUAAAUGGACGGCAUGUACAUUUUUUUUUUUUUACUGUAUUUUCAGUUGCUAUAAAGUGCGCAACAAUGUGUAUUUUAAAACCAUUUUCGAACCUCAAUUUAACUUUGUUUUGGGUUUAAAGGCAAUGUGAGUGUUUUUUAUUUAAAUCAUUAAAAUGGCCUUUUGGAGAGCAUGAAGUCAUGGUGGGAUGGGUGUGUAGGGGGUUAUCAGAAGUCACAGAGUGUGAUCAGGCUUGGAGGCUAAUUUAAACAGACAAACUAACCUCUUAACACCUAAUUACUGCUUUUAAAGCGAUUAACCUCUCAGCCAUAGACAGAAUGCCCUCAGAUGCCCCUGAAAACCCCAUUUCAAGACCUGAUUAACUCCUCUUAAAUUUGUCCAGUUAUAUUAUUUCUAAGUUACAGGUACAGCUCGACAUAUCUGUGUAGUAUAUUGUGCACCCUAUUCAUCUUCAGUAAGUCAGGUGAAUAUAAACAGACAAAGUUAAUGGGUGCAAGCAGCCUAUCUUACCUCUUGGGAAUAGCGCAGUUAAAUGCAACAGUUGGACCACAACUAGAAGGAGAUAACGUUGCACUGACCUUGCUCAGAGACAUAAGGUCAUGGUGAUACUGGGUGUGUCUUUUUAUACUGCAUGUGCAUUUGGUGUGUGUGCAUUAAAUUGAUGCAGAAGGGUGCUGUGCUAACAAAGUUAAUCUUUUUAAUUGUGAUUUCUUCUGUAGCUCAAGAGAAUAGUAACUUGCAAAGCAUCAUACCAACGCUUUGAGGCACACACCUGCCACUGAAAGUCCUCAGUGGACACCAUUAUGAAGUGUAAGGAAGACUUAUCAUCAACAUCACUUCAAAUGAUCAUCAAUUAUCUCUAUAUCAUGGCCUUUAGAAAUGGCAGCAUCCACACUGUCCGUUUUAUAGGUUUUGUUGUUUAUUUUGUUUUUAAUCCCUGUUGAUAACAGUGGACUAAAAGGCCAAAGAAAUAAAAAAGGAACAUAUCUUUUUACUAGGAGAAACAUUUAUAAAUGUAUGUGGAUGUUUAUUAUCUUUUUCAUCAGUUUUCAAUAUAAUUAUAUACUAAUUUCUAGUUCUUUCAAGUUUUUAAAUUGUGACAUUAAUUUUCCAUGUGCAAAACACAGAAUAAAGUUACAGUAG